AAUUUAGAAGAUGUCUAUAUUCACUAUAUUCUCACUGAUAAUAGCCUUUGACAGAGUCGUUUUAAUUUCACUUAUAUGUAUAAAUGUGACAAUUCGUGGCAAUUUUUAGUCGCUGUUUAGCGACUAAAACGAUAUUUACGUGUUGUUUAUACAUACGCUUUUGCUAAGCAUUCCUGAACGAAGAUAAUAAAUACAUCCGCACAUCUGUCAUUUCAUUGAGAGCUGCCGCUUGUGAUUGCUCAACAAUUGCAAAAUGGGAUCGUUGACAAGUAGGCAAAAUGCUGGCGUCGAAGAAGUUGAUAUUAUCUCCAACCAUGCAUAUAAAUAUCCUCCGCGAUCUGGUUCUUAUUUUGGCAGCCAUUUUAUAAUGGGUGGUGAACGAUUUGACACACCUCAGCCUGAAGCCUAUCUCUUUGGAGAAAAUGCAGACUUGAAUUUCUUAGGCAGUCGACCAACACCUUUUCCAUAUCCUCCACCACAACCCAAUGAUCCUACAAAAACAUUAAAGAGUUUAGUAAAUAUACGAAAGGAAUCUUUAAGGUUGGUUCGUAAUAUGGAUCACAUGUCAACUUCUUCACAAUAUCAUAAUGGCAAACAUUACGAGGACAUUGAUAUUGACAAGAAACCUAAUCGUUUUAAUAUUGAGUUUGUGUUUGAUUGCGAUGUAAGAUGCGCAAUAACAAUAUAUUACUUUUGUACAGAGGAGAUUUCUACAAAAGGAGUCGCCUAUAUACCACGAGAUCCAUCUAUGAACUCUGAAACAUAUUAUUAUAAGAAAGGAGCAAAUCAAUUAUUCUCACAAUCAACGCAUAUAUUUGAUCCAACAUUGUAUACUGAAGAGGAUUUGAUGUAUAAUGCGGACAGAGAAAUCAUCCCAAUAGCUAUACAUUGUGUAGCAGAGGAAGGAUCGGAUGAUCCCAAGCAAUCUCACACGACUAUAGCUGUGGUUGAGAAACAUUCUGAUGGAACAUAUGUGUUGAAAGCCCUUAAACAGAAACUCUACGUCGAUGGCCUCUGUUAUUUGUUACAAGAGAUAUAUGGGAUCGAAAAUAAGAAUACCGAGAACGCAAAGCAACAAGGUAGCGACGAAGAUACUGAAGACAACGGUUCCGAGUGCGUCAUUUGUAUGUGCGACGUACGCGAUACGUUAAUCUUGCCAUGCAGACACUUGUGUUUGUGCAACGGAUGCGCCGAUUCCUUAAGAUAUCAAGCGAACAACUGUCCGAUAUGUCGUGCGCCGUUCCGCGCGCUUCUGCAGAUUAAAGCUCUGCAAAAGGCGACGGGUACUAUUAUAUCCAAUCCACCAUUACCAGAGGGAGGCUGCGAAAAUAUCCCAUCAGGUUACGAAGCGGUGUCUCUGAUAGAGGCUUUAAAUGGACCCUAUACUCCACGAACCGCCAUUAUCGCGCCGGAAUCCCCGGACACACCUGAUACAGAUACAGCGAGUGCCAUUCAAGCCGCUGAAACCUUAAAUCGCUCGGCUGAACGUACACCAGUUUCAAAACAUAUAUCCGCCAAAGAAGUCGAUAUGUCAGCUAGAUCCAGCGGCACCGCUUGUCCGACUCCUGAAUUCCAAAUGUCUGUGUUAUUGGCGAGAGAUGAGCAUUCGGGAUCGCAAAAGGAACUACAUAACAGGUCACCGGCGGUGCGAGCUAAAUCAAUGCAUUCACGCGACAAAUCUAGUUUAAGAACAUGCGACACGCUAAGAUUGGUCAACGAAGAAAAACCUGCUUCUUCAUACGAAAGCCAAGGGCAGGAUGAAGAUAGCGAAGCGGAGAGAUUGUCACCGUUGUUGGACGCAACCACGAGUACCGAGGCAUCAGACAUACAUUCCCAUAGAAUUCGCGACAUCGACAUGGACGACGAGAUUCAGAACACGGAGAACCUAAACGAUGCGGAGAUUGAUGUGUGUCAAUCGCACUAAAGGGAUAGUCGAGGACAUAUUUUUACAUAUAGUAUAUAUAUCAUUGUUAAGUUUCGUAUCGUUUAAAUGAUCUUUUAUCUUUCGUGUAAAUCGAAUAAGUGAUAAUCGUGUUAUUUAUUGAAAGGCUCCGAGCUAUUUGCUGCAUCUGUAAUGGAUCGUGAAAUCUUAAAUGAUCUCUCAGUGAAACAUGACAUAUAAAGCUAACUUCUAACACUGUGAAAUAUUACGCGCGAUUUUCCUUCUUAUUCUCUUUUUCUCUCUUCUCCCCCCCCCUUUUUUUUUAAGAUAAUUUAUUACGGUUGCAGCAAUUAGUCCAGAAUCUCAAUACAGAUAUUUUCUAUUCUGUACAUUUACUAUUGUAAAAAAGUAGAAAUUACGAAGAAAUUAUAUUUGUUACAAUUUUUUAUCCUUUUAAUUAACCGUUAGAAUUGAGAGCAAUAUGUGUUUGUGUACUUGUCAAAUUAUAAAGACUGGGACAGUACUUGUAAAGGAUGUUAUGGUGUAGUAUUUUUUAGAUGGUAAAUUGUAAAGUUAUGUAUGAAAUUCCCGUGAAAAUUAACAUUAGAUAAUAAAAGUGCUUCCAUUUUA